GGCUCCGAGCUGGGCUAUCAAAGCCGCUCGGACCUCUCACACGAUAAUCUUUUCGCAUCUGCCUGCUGUCUCUUUCCCCCACCUUCAACUCACCUUCCCACCGCUCUUCUCCCGCUUGCAAGUUCCAUCCCUGCGACCUCUCCUGCAACAUUCACGACAGAAUUCCCAUCCCUGCGACCACUCUCCACAUUCAUCGGAAUGAUGGACGACUACGGCCAGCCCAAGCCCCGCCACUCGUACAUUCACAUGCCCCAGCCCGGCCGUCGCGGCCUCUUGGUCCAUAGCCACCAACAACCCAACGGUGCCGCACCCACUGGUGUUGCGCCAGGCGGGUAUGGCUAUGGCUACGGCGCUGGCUAUGGCUACGGCGUCGGGGCGGUCGGCGCCUACUACCCUGGGGUAACUCCCUCCAAUUCCAUGAUCUACCCCCUCUACCACGGCCCGAACGUGUCUACCAGCACCUACUCCGACUACUCCAACUAUCUUUCUCCCUAUUCUUACUCCAAUUAUUACUCUCCAUACUACAGCAGCUACGGCUGCGGUCUCGGCCUCAGUGGUGGCUAUGGCGUGUAUGCUAACUACUAUUACCCGUACCAGAGGUCGUACUACUACACUUCGGGCGUCGCUGCUGCUCCCGCCUAUUCGUACGCCUAUCCCGCCACCACUACGACGACUGUCCUGCAACCGGCGGCAACGACGUACACUGUCACGAACGGCACGGUCCCGGUAACGACCACAGCAUCAGUCGCAGCUCCUCGCGUGCCGACUCGCGAUGAGAUCCAGAAUGAGAACGUGCGGAUCGCUAUACAGCGCGGUGCCACCAAUGCGCGGAGAAUCAAGCCUGCAGACGCGCUCCCGGAUGAUCCGUUUUGGUGCAAGGAGCGCAAUGGCGAGUGGCAUCUGCGGUCGUUCUAUCAGAUCGAAAAUGAGUGCCAGCCGGGGCUCUGGAAAAUUAACGCAGAGAGCGGCAUGCUCACCUUCGAGCGCCUUUGA